AUGCUGCUGGUGGAGGAGACCCCUCACAAGCCCCACAUCCCCCCCGGAGCACCCCCAAACCCUCACAGGGCUUCUCGUGCCGGCAAAGAGGCAGCUCCCGGCGCUGCCUCGGUGGCCACGCCGGGACCGGGAGGAGGCGGCGGCGGAGCUGCGGAGCCCCGGGAGCUGCGGAGCUGCGGAGCCCCGGAAGCCGCGGAGCCCCGGGAGCUGCGGAGCCCCGGAGCUGCGGAGCCCCGGAGCUGCGGAGCCCCGGAGCUGCGGAGCCCCGGGAGCUGCGGAGCCCCGGAGCUGCGGAGCCCCGGAGCUGCGGAGCCCCGGGAGCUGCGGAGCCCCGGAGCUGCGGAGCCCCGGAGCUGCGGAAUUUCUGCCCCGGGAGCUGCGGAGCCCCGGGAGCUGCGGAGCCCCCGGAGCUGCGGAGCCGCUGCCCCCGGAGCUGCGGAGCCCCGGGAGCUGCGGAGCCCCCGGAGCUGCGGAGCCCCCGGAGCUGCGGAGCCCCGGAGCUGCGGAGCCCCGGAAUUUCUGCCCCGGGAGCUGCGGAAUUUCUGCCCCGGGAGCUGCGGAGCCGCUGGCCCGGGAGCUGCGGAGCCCCGGGAGCUGCGGAGCCCCCGGAGCUGCGGAGCCCCGGAGCUGCGGAGCCCCCGGAGCUGCGGAAUUUCUGCCCCGGGAGCUGCGAAAUCGCUGCCCCGGGAGCUGCGAGCAGCCGAGCCGCAGAGCCUGGAGCUUUUCUGCUUCUUGGAGUGGGUCACGGGGAAGGAACACGUAGAGCUUGUUUGCCAGCCGCAUGAUUUGGCUUAUUUGCUCUCUUGUAGCAGGUGCUUAAUUGUGGCAGAAAAGGGUUCCCGGCAGCUUUCUGGGCAGCCAAAUUCCCGCCUGCCCCUUUCGCAGCCAGGCAAAACAAAAGCACGAUUGUCAACCGCAGGCGGAGCGGAGCUCUCUCGGGCCUCCUUCCCGGGAGAAAAGGUUUCCCGGCAGGAGAGAGCGGACGAUGGAGGCACCCAGGCUCUGCAAGGAGAGGGCGCAGGGAUCUGUGAGAUCACCCCGAACACGGACUCGCAUCCUAAAGCCACCCCCUGCCCUCCCGGUGUCACCCCCCAACCCUGGGGACACAAAGGUGUUGGGAAGGCGAGUUCUGGGCUGCCCAAGCAGCGUCCUGGUGUGGGGACAGAGCUGUCCCUUGUCUCCCCAUUGUCCCCGUAUCUCGCUGCCAGCUCUGCCCUCCUCAUGCCACCCUACGGAUCAGCCGAAACGGAUCAGUCCAUGGAACACACGCACAGACCUGUCCCCUGCUCCGAAAGAGCAGUGCAGAAAAUAGGUGGAUAA